AUGUUAUCCGCCUUCAAACCGCGACCGCUCGUUGAACUCAAACAACGCGACAAGUCCAAGAUCGAAUCCAUUCUCGCAUACGGUGACCGCUUGCUUGUUGGACUCAAUAAUGGGAGUCUGAGGGUAUAUAGGGUCAACGAAGCUGUGACUGAAUCUGCUGCCGAGAAUGGGAAAGGGAAUGGGCAUGCACUCGAAAACGCCGCAAAGGAUGAAACCCAACAGCAACAGCAAGAAUCGUCUACGGUGAAAUCGGUCGAUCUAUUACGCGAAAAAGAAAAAUUCACGAGGUACAAAGCUGAGCAACUUGCUUUUAUCAAAGAGGCGAAUAUACUGGUUGUGUUGUCGGGUAGUUAUGUUUCUUUACAUGAUUUGCAGAGCUACGAAUUGCAAGAACAGCUUGCCAAAACCAAAGGAGCGAGUACGUUCGCUGUCACGUCGAAUGUGAUCAAUGAUAUCGAAACGGAUCUGCCGUCGAUAGUGUCCCGGCUAGCAGUUGCUGUGAAACGGAAAAUUCUUCUCUGGACAUGGAAGGAUAUGGAAUUAGUUCCUGAGAUUACAGAGAUCACACUCGUCAGUGGUAUCAAAACAUUGACAUGGGUAUCCAGCACAAAACUGAUUGCGGGAUUGGGCUCAAACUAUGUUUUGGUCAAUAUCGAAACAAAGGAGCUAAACGAUAUCGUUGGGCCUGGAAGUAUCGGCGGUGGACCGGGCCAGGAAUCAAGUCGACUAGGCGGUGUUGGUGUGGCUAGUAUGAGCUACAUUGGCAUGGGAGGAAUGGUACCGAAACCACUCGCAACUCGGCUGAGUGAAGGCCAAGUGCUUCUAGCCAAGGACAUCAAUACUCAUUUUAUCGAUAUUGAUGGCAAGUCAUUGGGCAAACGACAAAUACCGUGGAGCACCGCUCCUGAAGCUCUCGGAUAUUCGUAUCCGUAUCUUUUGGCGCUACAGGAACCUUCUAAAGGAACGUUGGAAGUUAGGAAUCCGGAUACCUUGUCACUUUUGCAAUCGAUAUCUUUGCCCUCUGCUAGUCUGCUUCAUAUGCCGCACCCGACUAUUAGUUUAGCGCAUGCCGGGAAAGGAUUUCUGGUGGCUAGCGACCGGGUUAUUUGGAGGAUGGAAGCUCUAAGUUACGAUGACCAGAUUGAUGGUCUAGUUGAAAAUGGGUAUCUGGACGAGGCAAUCAGUCUCCUAAAUAUGCUCGAAGACGCUCUUUUGAAGGACAAAGCAGGCCGAUUGCGAGAGGCUCAAUUGCAAAAGGCGCAGAAGUUGUUCGAUCUCAGAAAGUAUCGUGACGCUCUUGAUCUGUUUGCGGAGGUUUCGGCGCCUCCUGAGGUCGUUAUAAGGCUAUACCCAAAGGUCAUUGCGGGAGAGCUGUCGACUGUUGAAGAGGAUUCAGAUCGAACGGAUGAAGAAGAGCCCUCCACGCCAAAGGGCCAGAAUGAAGUGCAGGCUGGUACAGAUGGGCCCUCUAUAGUAGAUGCGUCUCCUGCCAAAGCUUCUAUCUAUGCGCCUUCACUCACUUCAUUUCUUCGUACUAGAGAAGAAGGGAGUGAUGACGGUAGCGUUCGCGGCAAGUCAAGUGAAAUCCUAGAGCCAGAUAAGAAAUUAGAAGGAAAGGAUCUCAAAAACGCAGUGCGUGAGCUGCAAGGCUAUCUAGCAGACGUCAGGCGCCGAUUUCAGAGGUUCAUCAAUCCAGAUGGCACUCUGCGUACUGAAUCCUUGCAUCAAGAUAGCGCAAACAACGAAUUCUUACAGUCUGUUCGGAUGUUGCUCGGUCUUUCGCAGAACGCUGAAGACAUUGAAUUUGGAGACCGUUUACGCGAAAAUGCCAAAUUGGUCGACACGACCCUUUUCAGAGCUCAUAUGUAUGCCACACCUAGUCUAGCAGGAUCGCUCUUCCGUAUCGCCAAUUUCUGUGAUCCAGACGUGGUCAUGGAGAAAUUGGAAGAACACGGGCGCGAUACCGAGUUGAUUGACUUUUACUACGGCAAGAAGAUGCAUCGUCGCGCACUAGAACUACUCUUCAAAUUCGGUCAGGCCGAAGCCGACGUAGAGAAAGAGGAAGAGGAAAAUCCUAUACUUGCACAACUUCGCGGCCCGAAACGCACUGUUGCUUAUCUGCAGCAUCUGUCCCCGGAGUAUAUUGACCUCAUCCUGGAGUUUGCAGAAUGGCCUCUAAAGGAAGACUCUGAGCUCGGCAUGGAUAUCUUUUUGGCUGAUACGGAGAAUGCCGAGACGCUUCCGCGGCAUCAGGUCGAAGAAUUCCUUGAGAAAAUCGAUAUUGCUCUCGCUAUUCGUUAUUUGGAACAUGUCAUUGACGAGCUGAACGAUUUAAGUCCUGAUUUACACCAAAGAUUGUUACAUCUCUAUCUGGAACGAUUGAAAGCCUACGAAAAAACUGGCGAGGAAGACGAGGAAACUUAUUCUUCAUGGCAAACAAAAUUCUUGGAAUUCCUGAAAUCGAGCACUCAGUAUUCCCCGGCAAAAAUGUUAAAUCUUUUGCCUCGCGAUGAUCCGAAUUUCUACGAGGCUAGGGCGAUCGUGUUUAGUAAGAUGGGCCAGCAUCGACAAGCGUUGGAGAUUUAUGUCUUCAAACUGCAGGAGCAUGAAAAGGCAGAAGAGUACUGCAAUCACAUCCACAUCACAGAGGAGACGAGUACGGCUGAGGUGGCUCCAUCUCAGCGUCUAGCGCCCACGGAUGCUGAUAACACCAAACCAACAAUCUACCUGACAUUAUUGUCUCUGUACCUUUCUCCUCCACAUGACUACAAACCGCAAUACGGUCCCGCAUUGGAUAUCCUCGCCAAACACGGAGCUCGGCUACCGGCAAACUCAACACUCGACCUAAUUCCCGAAGACAUUGCAGUAAGAGAGCUCGAGUUCUACUUCCGCAACCGAAUCCGUGCUGCCAGCUCAAUUGUGAAUGAGGCGCGAAUCGUCGCAAAUCUGCAAAAAGUGCAGAACGUCAAGAUGCAAGCUCAACUACUGGUUGGGGAAGGCCUUUCGAACGAUAAUAAAGCGCGCAGUCGACAUGUGACAAUCACAGAUGAUCGCGCAUGCGGUAUUUGUUAUAAGAGGUUGGGCGGGAGCGUUAUCAGUGUGUUUCCGGAUAAUACGGUCGUCCAUCUCGGAUGCGCGAAUCGAAUGACGUCAAACCAAGUAGCGCCGUGA